AUGGCGGAGGCAAACCAAUACGCAGCAACAAACCAACCCCACGAGCAUCCAGCAGGAGAGCAGCAGGCUCUCAUAGAGACUCCCUGCUACUCUGCUGCUGCUGCUGCUGCGGUUGCUGCUGCUGCUGCUGCUCCUGCUGCUGCUGCUGCUGCAGCAGUUCUAGUAGCAGCAGAUGCUCAGGCGGCCCUCUGCACUGCUACUACCCCAGCAGCACCAACAGCAGCAGCAGCAACAACAACAACAACAAUAGCAGCAGCAACAGCAACAGAAGUUUCUCCUCUUGUUGAUGCAGAUGCAGCAGCAGAUACAGCAGCAGCAGCAGCAGCAGCAGCAGAUGCAGCAGCAGCAGAAACUUCAUUGGGGUGUAUCCCCAGCUCAUCAUUUGCUGCUGAUCGAUACAAGAUAAAUACGAGCUCCAAACCACCAGCAUCAGCAGCAGCAGCAGCAGCAGCAGCAGCAGCAGCAGCAGCAGCAGGAGAAAGAGAAGCAGCAGGAGGAAUAUAUAGAGAAAAAGGUUUGUUUGGUUAUGGUAGUAGUUCUGGAGGAGGAGAAAGAGAAGCAGCAGGAGGAAUAUAUAGAGAAAAAGGUUUGUUUGGUUAUGGUAGUAGUUCUGUUGUGAAGAUGUUUGUCUCUUAG